GCGCCGAGAGCGCAUGUGACUCUUCGGUUGGCAAUCGUGCAGCACAAGAACAAACUUCGCUCUCCUAAUACGGAAGGGGUGACUCGGUGGUGUGUUGGCAGAUUCUCGAGAGAGGAAAACUACUUGUUUACGGUGUAAAACACUUCAUCAACGACUCUCGUAGUGUGUAGCGGUCAAGGCUACUCCAACCUAAACUGACCGAACACUUUAACUUGUGAAUCGAGAACCUGGUGAAUUUAAUGUUGCAGACAUAGACACGCAAGAACUGCGAGCUUCUGUUUUCGUAAGCCGCAAACGGAAGUGUGUGACAUGACAUUUACUGCAUAAGCCGUUAAUUAUAGUGAAGGAACAAAACGCUAUCCAUUUUUCAGUAUCACGAGAUGUGACAAGACAUGAACUGAGCGACUUGUGACAGUAUUUCAGUUUUAGUGAUCCUCCUUUCAUCCGUAGAGAACAUAACCUGAACCCUGCCUGUGUUUUGUAUAGCAGAGUUGUGAGUGGACUUGCGAGCGAGUGUGUGGUGCUUGUCGGACCGGGUUCGCGAGGCUGUCGCAUGCCGUUAUGUGGCGGCCACCGAGUGACUGGCUAACUACACUUCGGCCACAGCUAGAAUCAAGAGGAAGAUAGCUCGCCGCUACUUCCCCUUCCUACAUCCCCAGCCGAGCUGUCGGUAGCCAUGUGCCUGUCCGCAACCCCACUCGUCGUCUGCUGACACUCUCAAUAUUGCACGCAAUCAAGGGAGGAAGCGCUGGUACUACGAUGAGGAUUGGAGGGAGUAGGAUGCCGUUCUGGAAGGUCAUUGGAUGUCUGUUAACAUUCUCGGCUGCAAGUUUUGCGACGGGCAACGGGGACAUCUGGCCGCUGGAGCGCCCUCAAGGAAUGCCGGCGAUACAGUCUCUGGAGGUGAUGUGCGGCAAGGAUCAUAUGGACGUUCACCUCUCUUUCACACAUCCAUUCGAAGGAAUUGUUUCAUCCAAAGGGCAGUAUGCAGAUCCGAGAUGUGUCUACGUACCACCGUCAACUGGCAAAACAUUCUUCUCUUUUCGCAUCGCUUAUGCACGUUGUGGCACGAAGCCCGACUUGCAUGGCCAGUUCUACGAGAAUACAGUAGUUGUACAGUACGACAAAGAUCUGCUCGAAGUGUGGGACGAGGCAAAAAGGCUCAGAUGUGAAUGGUUCAAUGACUACGAGAAAACAGCAUCAAAACCACCCAUGGUCAUCGCAGACCUGGAUGUCAUUCAGCUAGAUUUCCGAGGUGACAAUGUAGAUUGCUGGAUGGAGAUCCAACAUGGUAAAGGACCCUGGGCGCCACCAGUCAGUGGGAUUGUACCUCUUGGCUCCAUACUUACCCUCGUCGUGGCCAUUAACGAUUACCGCGGAGAAUUUGAUAUGAGAGUGAAGUCCUGCGCAGCUUCUGAUGGCGGGGGUCACGUGAUCCAGCUGUCAGAUGAACAAGGGUGCGUCUUGCGACCCAAGAUGAUCAGCCGGUUCCUCAAGGCCCGAGCAGCUGAUGAAAGAGCUACUGUUAUCACGUACGCGUUCUUUCACGCAUUCAAAUUCCCAGACGCGCUCAGUGUGCAUAUCAAGUGUAAGGUAGAGAUAUGCCGCCACGGGUGUCUGGACCACUGCCAACUGGGUUCACACCAUGGACCUGUGGAGCGCAAGGACCAGCAGUCAAGGCCCGUUUCUGAAUCUCCUGUGGGUCCGGAGUUGCUCCUUUAUGACGAAUCAGAGGACGAUCAGGCAGCAGGUCAUUUUCCUGUCGUGAUCAGCACCGAUUCCAGGUCACCCAGUGCACAAGCGCAGACGCAUGCCAGACCAGAUCAUGACCACGAACAUAAACCCGUCGAUGAGGAAGACGGGGAAGCGUUGAGGCGACCAUUCCAGGAGCAGCCACGUCCUGGGCAUCGUGACGGUCAGGAACGUUUCCCACAUGGGCCACGAAAACUUGGAGAUGACGACAUGCCUAUCCUUGAUCGCUCCACUGUCACAUCCUCAACAAGUCAACGCAAACGUCGCUCUGUUGUUGUAUCAGACCGCAAAGUUCGCAGUGCAGAUGUUGGUGUGAGUGGUCUAUAUGAAGUCAUCUCAGAAGUGGACCUAGCCUUCACACCUGACACCCGUGCUGAAGCAGUGACAGUAUUCCAAGGGCGUAUCCGAGAAGAGGUGGUGUAUGGCAUUUGCCUUCCUGUGCCAGGGUUCAGUGUGCUAUUUGUGCUGGUUGCAGUGUCGGCUGUGGUAUCAGCACUUGUAGCGGGGUCUCUCUUGUACCGUUACCAACUGCAGCGUGAAGCCCAGCACCUUGUUCAACAGAGGGCACAGCAGCAGCAACAGCAGCAGCAACAACAACAGCAGCAACAACAACAGCAGCAGCACACAAGCACUAUAGUGGUCAAUUCACUAGCAAGCUGGAUGGCUCUGCGACUCUUGAGACCCCGCACUCAACCAUCACCUUCUACACCACCAACACAAACCCAGCAACAGCAGUCGUGCCGUCAGGGCUCUCAGGCGAGUCAAGAAGGUUGAAUAAUGUCCAUAGUGCCCACAUCAAAUGAGCUAAAUGACCCAGAGUACUGGCAAACUUAAGUGACUCUACAUAAGAGUAGAAACACUUUCAGUAAAAUUAUCCUGAAAUUUGAUCAGAUUCAGUAUGAAUAAAAUGGAUCCCAGAGUUGAACAUAUGUGAGUAUUCAACUUUGUUACUGAAUUGAUAAACUAGGUAGCAAGACACCAGAAAUAUGUCAUGCUGUUUUUAUUUGCGUAAUUCAUAUUAAUGGAAUCAGAAUAUAAGUUGUAGCAUUUCUUAUUAGAACAAUUAACGUAUUUUGAUAUAAAUUUCAAAUAAGCCAAAAUGAAAACUGGAUUACAAAUAUUUCUCAAAUGAAAUAUAAUGACUUCACAUAUUUAUUCUAAAGACACGCAGGAACUCUUUCAAGACCACUUACAUAUAGACCAGACACUGUUCUGUGGUGAUGUUAGUUAUAACAGUGCCUUACUAUUCUGAAUGCAGAUAGAGGACUUUCAAUGGAGAAUGAACUCAAGAAUGCACAUCGUCAAGACAUGGGGAUGAUGGGAAGUGGCCAAAGAUUCUACAUGUGUUCUUGAUAGGAAGUUAGUUACAUACAAACUUAAUUUUAUUUAUAUAUGGAUAAUGAAGUGAAUGGUAUAACAUUAAGCAAGUGGGAGAUUUCCUGAUCAUUAUAAGAUUGCUGCAUCAGUUGCAAAUCUUCUUGAGAACUCUUACAUAUUAUAUAUCAUAAGUGUGUUUGACUAUCAUAUAACUAGUUAUAUAAAUAUUAUUUGUUGGUGUUAGCAAUUGUUAGUGGAAAAUUGACACUUCUCAGCUUGUCAGCAAGCUACUGAAAUGAACAACUUGCCAACUUUAGGAAUUAGUAGAGCUGUGAUUUAUGCUGUUACAGUUCAUUACUUCUAUUAGAGGUGUGUUUGCAGAUAUGUUGCUCACUCUCAUGUCUAACCCACUUGAUCAAUGUAACAAUACCAAAAUGAAAAACAAUUCAAAGAUUUGAAAUAGUAAUAUAGCCUCUAAAUUUAAUUUGACUCUUUCACAUAUCAAAGUAAUAUUAAUCCAAAGCCAUGAUCUAAUUAGAGCUGAAAUUUUUUAAAUCGUUUUUAGUAAUCUUCAAAAGUUUAUUGGUGCUAGUACAUAUGGUGAAUUUAUGUAGAACAUGUGUGGGAGAUUGGGGGCG